CACCCCCACCGGCUGCUCCAGUCACUUCCAGCCAGCGAGCAGUAGGUGUCCGCAUCUCCGCUCCGGCACCGACAGCCACACACGUCGACAGGGGGACCCGCAGCAGGCAGCACGGCGUCUGGCACGGCGCUGUAGCCCUUUCCGGAGCCGGUGCGAUGUACCUUUUGUUUUGAAGCGGCCAGCCUCCCGUUCAACCCACCCAGCCCCCGGUCCAGUCUCCGGUCCAGUCUCCGGUCCAGCCUGUCUUGGGCUGAUGCGCCGCUCCGUGCUGGCAGCCUGCUAGCGUCUGGAUCGUCUUCUUUCAUCGGGAAUCCGUGGCAAUUAAUGCAGAAAGCAUCCAAAGUGCUCGAUCACAUACUGCGUCUUGAAAAGUUUCAGUCUAAAACUAAAGGACCGAUGACUGAUGACAUUUCUCGACGCCUUAAGAGACGAUGGCCAGCACAGUGAAGAGCUGUUUGUAACCCAGUACAGCUUGACGAAGGUGAAUUCAGCCCUUGCACUGCAGAUUUCUUGUCAAACCUCCAGUUAACUACAGCCAUGUCGAGUAUAAACAGCGCGCUCUGCGUGGAGAACGGACAAAACAUCGACGUGUCACUCUUACAGAAGGAUAAUCUUCAGGUGGACUCGAGUGGAUUAAACUCAGUUUUGGAUUAUAAUGCAGAGAUGGAACGCUACCGGUCCUUCGCAAACUUCUACAAAACGAACGGGGCAUUUCCACAGACUGCGAAGAUUGCUCGCAUAACCACGCCAAUUUUCCCCAGCGCCCGAAUCGGCGUGUCCCCCUGGAACUGCGAUAACGCCAUGCUCUGGGGAAGAAAGUCAGCAGCAAUCAACCCUAAUAGGACCAGCAUGCAGAGAAAUGAGUCCCAGAGGGCCGAGAAGCCUGGCGUGCCGCCAGAGACGUUGCAAAUGGCAAAUAAUAAUUUCCUCUCCACCUUAUCCCCCGAACACUGCAGACCUUUAGCGGGGGAAUGCAUGAACAAGCUGAAAUGCGGCGGAGCAGCUGAAGCGGAGAUAAUGAAUCUCCCAGAACGCGUCGGAACUUUUUCCACCAUCCCGGCUUUAGGGGGCAUCUCAUUACCUCCCGGGGUCAUCGUCAUGACAGCCCUUCACUCCCCCGCAGCCUCGGCCGCCGUUACAGACAGUGCGUUUCAAAUUGCCAAUCUGGCAGACUGCCCGCAGAAUAAUUCCUCAGCAUCCAGCAGUAACCCGGCCAAGAAGAAGAGGAAAAGGUGCGGGGUGUGCGCCCCCUGCAGGCGGCUGAUCAACUGCGGGGUGUGCAGCAGCUGUCGGAAUCGCAAGACCGGCCACCAGAUCUGCAAGUUCAGGAAAUGCGAGGAGCUGAAGAAGAAGCCUGGCGCGUCGCUGGAGAGGGCACCGGUGAGUGGGGGCGAGGCUUUCCGGUGGUUCUUCUAGCUCUCCAGCCACAGCACCACCGACGUCAGGUGGCGCACUGCUCUGUGCUAGUGGGCCCUGGAAAACCGGACUCCAUCUUUCCGAGCGGAGAGAGUCGGAGGAGACGGAGGAAGCGGAAGGUGUUGGAAUAACCCUGAGAUCCCUCUCUCGUGUAAUAAUGUCCCUUUCAGCUGUAUCAUUAUGUAUAUUUUUGAUGUUAAUCAAUGUUUCAGUGUUGUGACUGUACAGAUGACAGUCAUUUCAAAUGGACUCAAAAGACAAUCAUGGCAAAGAAACUGAAUAAAGAUGCAACGAGCAUGAGCGUGCAGCACAAAACUACAGAAUAAAUCUGGAGCAAUAAUCUCAUGGCUAAUCUCACUAUUGCCUCCUGAUCUGACUAAGCGCCGCUUCACGGCCUUUAGUCUGGCUGUGUUUCACUCAACAUAUUGACCUGGGAUUUGCACACACGCCCUCACACACACUCAGAUGCAUCCCUUACUGCUGAUUUCCAGAAUCUGAGACCGCCGUCUAUCUUCACAAAUGACCCACACAGAAGGGGCUUUUCUGUCAGCCGUACCCCCCCCCCCC